CUUGGUGGCGUUGGCACGCAGGCCAGGCCAGCGUCCUAUUCAAAGCACACAAGUUUCACAAUAAAAUAUUCUUUAAAUGAUUUCUUCAAUUGUGUUCGUGAGUCCUUGUCCGUCUCAUUCUAAAUCUCUCUGCUCUGCUCUACCUUCCUCUGCAUCUGCAUCUAAAUAAUGAAAGGGGAUCGAUGAUUGUCGGGUUGUCCCUUUAACAAUUCUGUGAAUAUUAACAAUGGUGAAUUGAAGGGAGAGGCUUCCUCCUACCGCUACUGUUGGUCGAUUUGUCUGCAGGUUUUUGCUGUGGUUUUUUUCUAUUGUCUUCUCAACAUACCUUCUGCGUCGCUUCCCACCCCAUACCCGCUUACUUCUUUUGGCUCUACUGCUAAUCCUACUCCUUAUAAUUAUCCACCGACAAGCAUCUUCUUAUAAAUUUGUUAAAUCGUCAUACCCACUUAUUGUUUCCUCUGUUCUUCUCUUGCUAGUCUUGCUGUUUGUUAAUUGUUAUGGCCUUCUUCACCAAGUUGUUCAGGAUGAGGAUUUUGAGACGGCGACCCGGUAAAAGCCAAGUUGCAGUCGUCGUUGAUCAGAAGAAGGAGGAUGUUGAUGAUGGUUCUUCAGUGAAGAAAUACAAUUGGGAUGACAUAGAGGCAUUCACUGAUAAUUUUUCGGUGGUGAUUGGAUCAGGAGGGUUUAGUAAAGUCUACCUGGCUAGUUUGCCAGGCUCCUCUCACCCUCACGGGGCUGUCAAGAUUCUCAAUCAGGUCUUCAACCAAGAGCUUGAUAUCCUUCUCCGCCUUUGCCAUGAAAAUAUUGUCAAGCUUUUUGGCUACUGUAACAAUGGAGAUGAAGGAGCUUUGGUGUUUGAAUAUUUGCUCAAUGGGAGCUUGCAUGAGAAGCUCCAUGGAGGGAGCAAAAAAAUGGAGCCAGUGCUUCCAUGGAGGAACCGUAUGGCUAUAGCUUUCCAGCUUGCGAAAGCGAUUGAGUAUCUACAUGAGAAAUGCACUUUUCACAUUGUCCAUGGUGACAUUAAAUCUUCAAACAUCCUUCUGGACGAGUAUUUCAACUGCAAGCUCUGUGAUUUCGGGUCUGCAAAGAUGGGAUUUUCCUCCGUCGUGCUGCCACCGUCAAGGGCGAAGCAAAUGAUGAUGGGUUCUCCAGGCUACACCGACCCUCACUACUUGAGAACUGGAAUAGCCUCAAAGAAGAAUGAUAUUUACAGCUAUGGAGUUAUCCUUUUGGAACUUGUCACAGGUAUGGAGCCAUUUUGCCCCGAAAGAGGUCAACUGUUGACAUCCAUUGCCGCCGCCGUCCUGAAAGAUGUUGCUGAAUGUGAAGCCACGAAAGUAGAAGAAAUUGUGGAUCAGCUGUUGGCUGGGGAGUUUGACUUGGAAGAGGCAAGGGCCAUGCUGACAAUCUCGGCACUUUGCCUUCAACAGGCUCCAAUUCACAGGCCUUCUGCCACUCAAAUCUUGCAUACCAUCGAGGACAAAAUCUCUUCCAUCUCCUUCUCUUAGCAAACAAAGAUUCACAAAAAAAGAAUUAAUAGAUAAUUAUUAAGAAAUAUUGCUGUAAUAUAUGUAAUUAAAUUCAUUAAUUCACUUUCCUAAGUUAGUAUAUACAUACUCUAUGAAUCAAGGCAUCGCGAUUUCUUAGUCAUAGAAUUAGCUCUAACUAUUUCCUUUA